CACCUUCCGCUGGGGUUGCCGCACCAUGGCAAAGUUUGCGGACGACCUUUUUGAGGCUGAAGAAGGUGCCAGGCGCAGUAUCAACUGGGACCUGGAUGAGAAUCUUUCCGACGCAGAGAAGAGACGCCUGGUCCCAGGGAUGGCGGAAGUCGGCCAACUGAUGCAGCAAGAUGGGCUGACUUUUGAUGAGGCGCGAUUUAAGAUGGUGGCCAGACAGAUGGAGCUUAUGGGUGUAGAUCCCUCUGGGAUGCCAUUGGAUCCUAAAGCCUUCACCUUUGAGAAGGACCGGCCAGUUCCUCCUAAGCUGAGUGAUGACUGGGGUUCCUUGUCACGAUCCACGGGGUCCAGGCGCGGGUACCAGACGGUUCACACUCCAACCGGAGAGCCACCGAUGCCUCGCCUGCCAGUGGACUUGCCAAAAGUGAGCGACAGUGGAAGCCCACGGAAGUCCAUCCCUUCAUUCAAGUGGAUGGCGGCCUGCUACAAGAUUGUCAAGCCCGUGCUGCGUGGUACAAUGUUUCUGCGCGCAGUGGUCUUCUUCCUGCUGGUGGUGCUUGUCCUUUUACUGCGGCUCUUCCAGGGAACAAGGGAACCCCACUUGCCUUCCAUGCUGUUUCAGCAGCAAGCAGCGGCUAACAAUCUUCCUUGAGCGCCAGCAAUGGCGCCGGCAGGUGUACCGAAUACAAUGAGCAUAGCACGUAGUUGCUGAAGUUUGCACUGUUGGCCGCAGCACCUUGUGGUGUCAAGGUGGGCGUGGAUCC